UCCACCUUGCUUGCAGCUCGUCCGCAUGGUAAGCACAGAGCUCCGUCCUGAGAACCAUUCAAUUUUUGAAACGUCGAAUCAGCUCUCCUCGCACUCAUUGUAUGUAAGUUCUGGUCAUUGUUGGUUUGUUUGCGGGUAGCCUUGGAACCUGAUAGAUCCCGAUAAAGGAACCGCCACAAAUCGCUAUCCUCCCCACAUCAACCACGACAUCGCCGCGACUACUCCAGCCUCAACCUCCAACCUCCAACCUCAUACUCCAUCACCCACAUCUCCAUCCCCAGCUCUCGGUCGAAUCGAAUCCGCACAUCACAACGCCAUCCCACCAUGCGUCUCAAGAUCCGCGCACCGUCAGGCACCCACGUCCUCACGCUCGGCGACGACUGUACAGUAGCAGUCCUGCUCUCCGCGAUCCGCACCGAAACCUCCAUCAGCGGCGACCUCGACAUAAAAUUCGGGUACCCGCCGAAGCCUUUGCACCUGGCGGACUACCCACCAUCGACCGCGCUACUCGACCUCCCCGUCAAGCUCCAAGGCGAGCAGCUGAUCGUGUCCAGCGCCGGGGCCGGGGGAUCAGGCGGGAUCAUCCGUGGGAGCGGCGCGGGCGUCAUCAACAGCACCGCGGCGACGACGCGGGGGACGGCGGAGGCGAGUACGGGAGUUUACGAUGGCAGCGGUAGCAGAGGCAACGCUGCUGAGGUGCCGUUCUCGUUCACCGCCGGAGCCAGUGGCGCAGCGCAGAAACCGCUGUCGCUCCCCCGCGCCGCACCGAAGUUCAAUAAGGAUGACCCGCCUGAUGUGAAGCUCUCCAGCGGCCGGGGCACCGUUAUGCUGCGCGUCAUGGAGGACGAUAAUUCCUGUCUGUUCCGGGCGCUGAGCUAUGUCAUGACGCGCAGCAUGAUGUCGGUUGAGGAGUUGAGGCAGCUGGUUGCCGGCACGAUACAGGAGGAUAAGGAGACAUACUCCCAGGCAGUGCUGGAGCAGAAGCCGGAUGAUUACUGUGAGUGGAUCAAGAUGGAGAGCUCCUGGGGCGGCGGCAUCGAGCUGGGGAUUUUUGCGGAGUUUUUUGAUAUGGAGAUCUGCACCAUCGACGUGGCGACGGGAAACAUGAUCCGCUUCAACGAAGGCAAGCCCCGACGGGUAAUCGUCGUGUACAGCGGCAUCCACUACGACGCACUCGCGCUCUCCCCCGCCGGCUCGCUCGUCCACGAUACAGACCAGGAUGAGCUGGUCUUCGAUAAGGACGAUGUCGAGAUCCUCGCCGCCGCCCAGGAACUCUGCAAUAAGCUUAAGCAAAAACACUACUUCACCGACACCAACAAUUUCACCAUCAAGUGCAAUGUCUGCAGGAAGGAGAUGAAGGGGCAGAAGGAGGCCGUGGCACAUGCUACUGCUACGGGGCACUAUGAUUUUGGUGAGGCUUAGGUGUAGGUGACGGAGGCGGUGAUGCUGAUGGUAAUGCGUAAUGAGCGAUGAUGAUGGCUGGUCUACAUAUUGACGGUUGAUUGGUCUGGUCUGGUCUGGAAAUGUGUGUGUCUGCGUUUGGUCUUUUAAUGUGUUCGCUCGAUGCAUGAUGGCGUUCGCUUGAUUAUGGGAUAUAUGAUACCCUGUGCCUGUUAUGAUCCUUAAGCUUGUUCCUGUUCUGGUCUGGAAGCUCAUGAUACCGUGUUCCUGUCGGUCAUGUUUGUAUGUGCUGAUUUUGGCGGCUGGCUGAAUAUGUAUUGUACACAUGUUAUGGUGAUUUGCACACAUUCCACCUGUCCUAUCUUGAGCUACCGUUACCUUCCCGACGCUACUACGGUAGUAAUCUUCCACUUGAAUCCUCCCUCAAGCUCUGGACCAGCGGACCUCUUCGUGC